AUGUCAGUGUAUCCUCUCCCUCUUUCAGCGGUGGAGAUCAAUCCCAAAUGGGAGGUGGUGUACCAGGACACCAGUGUGUAUGGAGUGGUGGGCAAAGCGGUGAUCCUGGAAUGCGGUCCCACCUUACCUGAGAUGUACAUAUGGAGCUUCACCAUGCCUGGAACUGAAGCUAUAAGAGCUGUGGUGUAUGAUUUGGGGAAAGGACAGAGGAUCCAGCAGCUGGCCCAGACGCUUGGACAGCUCACGGUCAUCUCAAACAGUGCAGCUGUGAGUAUCGAGAACCUGCCUCUGGCUGCACAGGGCCUGUUCACCUGCCAGGCUUUCUAUGACAUGGAACAAGAGCCCAAAGUCUUCUACUACUAUGUGCACCUCACUGUUUCCCGUCAGUAAGCCUUACCUCCUGAUGAGUGAUGUAUCUCCGGUGGAGGGAUCUACGAUGUGGAUGCGCUGCAAUCUGGAAAAUGGCACUGGACCCAUCCAGUAUGUGUGGCAGCAUGAGACCCGCAGCGGAAACAUCUCAGCCUUUGCACAGGGAAACACCAACAUUAUCAACGUGACCAACAUCAAUCGCAACCACACCGGCUGGUACCGCUGUGUGGCCAGCAACGCCGUCAACAGUGAGAGCUCUAACCGCUUAUGGCUGGACACCAUCUUUGGCCCGGACAUCCCUCAGAUAGACGUGACUCCGUACAGUAUAACAGAGCGGGGAUAUUCAGCCCUGGAGAGAGAGACUGUCUCUUUACUGUGUCAAGCCCAGUCCAACCCGGCCAGUCAGUACGUCUGGUUCUACAACAACUCCCAGGUCUACACUGGGCCGCAGUUAACCAUCACUAAGAUCCUACGCAUGCACACUGGCGACUACGCCUGCUUGGCACAGAACACCUACCUAAACACCCGCUCCAAAAAAACCAUCAGCCUGACCGUCUACUACCCACCCGAUGGCUCCCCCUCCUGUUCUGUUGAGGCAGCUCGAAAUUAUCCCACUUUGAGACUCCUCUGCUCUGGGCCGGCGGAUUACCUCCCCCACUCUCCACCUGGACCGGACUCGGGGAACCAAGUGGGCCAAGACGAGACCAACACUGCCGUCUUGCUGCCAUCUGAAGGCCUCAACUCCAACAGCUUGUUUACUGCCUGGGCUCCACACUGGCUCUCAAACAAUCAACACAUAUCUGAUGCUAUCCUGCUCUGGGAUGGAGGGGCCCAAAAGCUGGUGUGGUGGGGGGCAGAUGGCCAGGCCAAAGGGGGAGAAGAAAACUCCAACAUCUUGAUCUUCGCUCGGCACCGCCCGCAGCGGAAAACCUACACCUGCCAUGUAAGCAUCCACUUCGGUCCAAACCAAAACCUGCAGCGCAGAGUUGUGUCUGUAUACGAGGGGAGUGACGUUCAGCCACCUGCCAACUGA